AUGAUUUUAAUGACAUUAAAAUGCCUUAGAUCUGGUGGAAUAACAUUUUUUGGUGGUGUGUCAGUUUUAGUUGCUACAAUGAUUGGACCAGGUCUAAUUACAAUUCCAUUAUUGUUUCAAUCAGCUGGAUGGUUAACAUCAAUCUUAAUGUUUAUAUUGGCAAUAUUUUUAUCAACUACUGCUUCACUUGUAUUAUGUGAAGUGUUAAGUUCCAUACCUGGUAACGAAAAAUUUCAGUCUCUUGAUAAAAUGUUUAUAAAAUUCGCAGGGAAAAGUUGUGGCAUUGAAUUGUAUCCAAAUUUGUUCAAGGCUAUUUGUGUUAAUGAGUUGACUUCCGAACAGAACAGUCCGUUCGGAUCAAAUUAUAUGUUGGUUACUUUUGGAUUAUUGUUAACAUUUGGAUUUGUUAUACCAAUGACAUUAUCAAGUUUAUCUGACAAUGCCAAAGUACAAAUAUUGGUAUUUAUUGUUAAUGGAUUAAAUCAUAAUAAUGUUCCAUUAAUUGGUAAAGAUCAGUCUCAGCUAGUUGGUACUAUAUUAUUCAAUUAUGCAUUUAUUGUCUUUAUACCAAGCUUAGUUAAUGAACUGGAAAUCCAAGAUAAUGAUAAUGAAAAAUUGAAAAAAAAUAUUUUUAUUGAAAUCACAACUUAUCUGUUCCCAAUUGUUGGUCUAUUAACUGCUAUUCCUGUUGAUGCCAUCAUCAUAAAAUACAAUUUAAUUGAAUCUGGGAUAUGUAAUAACAGUAAAUAUUCUUCAAGAAUAACAUUUUCUUUGCCUUCUUCUUUUACAACAACUUCUACAACAACUUCAAGUAAUGAUAAUAACGAAUUAGGAUUAUCAUCAAAGUUAAAAGAAACUAAUAUGAAUUUAGAGAGUUCAGAUAUUGGAAGAAAAAAACGUUUAAAAAGAUUUAAACAUAUGUCUUCUGAUGCCAUUCUAUUGGAUAAAAUACCUGAUUUUGUCACAAAUAAUGAAGAUAAUAAUGACGAGGAAAUAUUGAAUGAAAAAAGCUCAUCACCGCCAGAAUUACAGCAAUCGCCGCCACAAUCGCCACAAUCACCACAGUUACCCUCAAUAAUUGGAAAAAAUUCUUCGGGCGAUAAUUAUGAAGAGUUAUCUUCCUCGACAGUGUUUCAUUCUUUAUCAACAACAAAUAGCAGUAGUCACGAAGAAGAUGAAGAAAUUAUAAAUUUUUUUAGUUCAUUAACAAAACCAUUUAUUGCUUUUCCUUUCCUAUUUUCUUCUUCUUCAUAUUUUACAACAAACAAAAAAAUUAAUUAUAAUAUGAAAAGAAAAAAAUAUACUUUUUAUAUUGUUCUCUUCUCAUUGAUUUCAAGUGUGAUUUUAGUUGGUAGUAUAAUAAUUUAUAAUAUUAUCCUUUUAUCCAAAAGUUAA